UGGAACGAAGUCAAUGAAGUGAAAUAGGAGAGGCGUUUUGCGUUUAGCAUUAAUGUAGAUUAAUUAAUAUAACAGUUUUUAUUGUAAACUAUGUAAGUGAGAUUUUAAUUGUAAAUACACAAAGGUGAUUCUGGAAAUAUAUGAAAAGUGUUUUCCAAUCUUAAAUUCUAAAUGACUUUAGGCAAGGAAGUCAUGGGAGAACAACCAAUAUUCACAUGUAAGGCUCAUGUAUUUCAUAUCGACCCUAAAACAAAAAGGUCGUGGAUGCCUGCUUCUACAGCUGCUGUGAAUGUUUCAUUUUUUUACGAUUCGUCAAGAAGCUUAUAUCGUAUUAUUAGUGUAGAAGGUUCCAAAGCAGUAAUAAAUAGCACAGUAACACCAACUAUGACAUUUACCAAAACUUCACAAAAAUUUGGACAGUGGUCAGAUGUUAGAGCUAAUACAGUUUAUGGACUCGGCUUUUCUUCAGAGUCUGAACUUCAAAAGUUUAUAGAUAAGUUUAAUGAAGUAAAAGAAGCAACGAGAACAGCAAUAAGUAAGGUUACUGCCAAUGGAGUUGUUACACCUGUAACAAGUGCUAAUGCUAGUCCUGUCACUUCAAGAGCUGCUACUGGAUGUGAUGCGAAUCCAGAAAACUUGCUUGAUCCACCAGGUGGAGCAACAUCGUUUCAGUCUCCUCCCAAUCCUAAUAAAAUUGACGAUGAUGUAGUUCAUUCAAGAAGUCAUUCACUCUCAGCAGUUCAAAGUAAUGAAAGUCCUAGUCAUCAAAUUAAACUGGAAAAAGGUGGAUAUGGACAAUCAACUAAUGCUUCUCAACUUGAUACUGCUCAACUUAAAUAUGAAAAUGAUCGAUUAAAAUUAGCCCUUGCUCAGAGUUCUGCCAAUGCUAAGAAAUGGGAAAUAGAGUUAGCAACUCUUAAGAGUAACAAUGCUCGCUUAACUGCUGCUCUACAAGAAAGCACAGCAAACGUAGAUGAAUGGAAAAGACAGUUGCACAGCUACAAAGAAGAAAAUUUGAGAAUGAAAGCGAAAUAUCAGUCAGAUCUCGAAAACAUUAAAGGGGGUGGUGAUUUAGCGGAUGAACUGCGAAAGGAAAUUCAUUCUCUAAGACGGAGGGUUGAGGAACUUGAAGCUGAACUCGAUACUAAAAAUAAAGAAGUUCAACAGCUGAAUAAUUUACAUAAAGUAUCUGAAACUUCUCAGUCUUUACAGAAGGAAAACCAAGAACUUCAAGCGACUGUAAAAUUGGCUCAAUCAGAACUUGAUGUUGCGCUAAGUGCCCAUGAAUCUCAGAGGCAGGUCCUCUUAACUCUUAAUCAACAGUUAGCAGUACGAAUCUCCGACUUGGCAACUAUUCACGAAGAAAUUAGUACAGCAUUACAAACGUGAAACGUCUAAGUUGCAGUUAUUGAACGUACUUAUUCAUUCGUAUUAUUCGGCUUGAUUAAAAAUAAUAUUAUUUAUAGUGGAAAUGUGAAAACUUCACAAUUAUUGCUAUAUCGUACUGAAUAUUUUUAGGUUGUUAACGCAGAGUCUGUUUUUAGAAUUUUAACCUCGUAUAAUAGGUAACGUUUUAGAAGCUUUUAAGUAUUAAGUAGAUAUUAUUUUAUUUAUUUCUUUUAUUUGAUUAAGUACAUUAAUAUUUGUUGGGGUAAUUGAUUUUAUAGCUCACUAUUGAGUGUAUUUAUAUUUUUACAUUUCGUAUAUUAUUUUGACUGUUAUUACGUAUUUUGAUUUAUAUUAAAUCGAAAUCAUGUUGAAAUUUAUAAGAAAAGUGAAAUUAAUAAUAUGGUAAUUAUA